AUGACGGCGGACAGUCACCUGGGCGAGACUGGGCCCCAGCAGGACGUCGAGACGAAGUUUCAGAGAGGAGAUCCAGUUCGUGCAAGCAAGAUGUGGACACCGGUGCAGGGCUUCUUUGGCUCUGGGACGACAGGCACUCUGAUUCGGCAGUCUUUAAGGGCCAAGGGCGAUUCCAUCUUGCUGAACUUGCCGAACCCCGAGGCAGCCGCAUCUGCGGCUGCAUCGAUGCCUCCACCUUGGCAAGUCCCACCUCUCAGCCAGCAGGCGGUGCUGGCUGUGAGCUCGCACAUGACCUGGCUCGGCAAGGUCGACAAAGUCGAGGCAGCAACCGGUCAACACACGAGCCGGAGCCAGCUUGAGACGAAGCUUUGUGAGGAUCGAGUUCCCCUUGAAGCCCAGCUCGUGGGAGCGGACUUGGCGUCGUUGUUGUGA